CUUCAAUUCUGUUGACUUUUUUUUCUGCGACCCCGCUGGCGAUUAGCGAUAAGAAGCGGGAGCCAGUCCUAUCCAGGGCUAGCUUGAGGACCAUACUUUUCAGGCGACUUUAUUAAUCUUGGGAGUCCUUCAAAGUAAACAUCAGCAAUUCAACGUCCGCAAAAUGGCCAGAGACGACGGAGAGACAAGCCCCAAGCGGCGCAAGUUAGACUUCAACCCCUUGCGCUCUGACGACAGAUUCGCUGUUCCUGCCAGACCUGCGACGAAUCGCAAUGGACCUCCUAGAUCAAGUGCAUCUCGGUCCCAAAGCCGCACAGGCAAUGGCUCGAGAUCUUCAACUCCACGCUCGCAGUCGCGAUACCCCGCCACGCCUCGUCAACAAGAGUUCGAUGGACCUGAGCCAUCUGUGAGCGAUGAAGCCUCUAAGGCACUCGACAGAGACUGGUACGCCGGAGACGAGUUUGGACACGUUUUUGGGGAGGAUGAACACAACCCUUUCGCGAGUUAUGAUAACUCAUGGGCCGACCAGCAGCAGGAGGCAGCCCUGGUAGAGAAAAAGACAGGGAAACGAAUGAGUGCUCGCGCAACUCAAAAACAGAAAGAUGUUGAUGCUUGGGAAACAAAUCGAAUGCUUACAUCGGGAGUGGCACAACGAAGAGACAUGGGAGAAGAUUUCGAGGAUGAUGAGGAAGCAACUAGAGUGCACUUACUGGUCCACGAUCUCAAGCCUCCGUUCUUGGACGGAAGAACAGUUUUCUCAAAGCAGUUGGAACCAGUCCCAGCAGUGCGCGACAAUCAGAGUGACAUGGCAGUAUUCAGUCGAAAGGGUAGUAAGGUGGUGAAAGAAAAGCGACAACAGAAGGAGAGGCAAAAGCAAGCUCAAGAGGCAACAAAGAUGGCUGGUACUGCUUUGGGAAAUCUCAUGGGUGUCAAGGAGGAGGAAGGCGACAGCGCAGCGCCUGUCCUAGGGGAAGAAGAACAUCAGGGAAACAGCAAAUUCGGUCAACAUAUGAAGAAGAACGAAGGAGCAAGUAACUUCAGUCAAAGCAAAUCGCUGAAGGAACAGAGAGAGUUUCUGCCUGCGUUUGCUGUGCGAGAAGACCUGCUGAGAGUGAUCAGAGAUAACCAGGUUGUCAUCGUGGUCGGUGAGACUGGUUCGGGAAAAACAACUCAACUUACACAGUUUCUGUACGAAGACGGGUACGCCAGGCUGGGGAUGAUUGGAUGUACCCAGCCCCGAAGAGUGGCAGCUAUGAGUGUAGCCAAGCGAGUUAGCGAAGAGAUGGAAUGCAAACUUGGUGGCACGGUUGGCUAUGCAAUUCGUUUUGAGGAUUGCACAAGCAGGGAAACUGCCAUCAAAUAUAUGACUGAUGGUGUGCUCUUGAGAGAGUCUCUCAAUGAGCCUGAUCUUGAUCGUUACUCGUGUGUUAUCAUGGACGAGGCUCACGAAAGAGCCCUGAACACUGAUGUUCUUAUGGGGCUAUUCAAGAAGGUGUUAGCCCGUCGAAGGGACCUCAAGCUUAUUGUGACAUCUGCAACGAUGAACUCAAAACGGUUCUCGGAUUUCUAUGGUGGAGCUCCCGAGUUUUUUAUUCCUGGACGAACCUUUCCGGUCGACAUCAUGUACCAUCGAUCGCCAGUCGAAGACUACGUUGACCAAGCAGUCCAACAGGUUCUUGCUAUUCAUGUGUCACAAGGAGCUGGUGAUAUCUUGGUCUUCAUGACUGGGCAGGAGGAUAUCGAAGUAACCUGUGAAUUGGUUCAAGAGCGUCUCAAUGCUCUCAAUGACCCACCAAAGCUAAGUAUCUUACCAAUCUACAGUCAAAUGCCUGCGGAUCUCCAAGCAAAGAUCUUUGACAAAGCUGCCCCAGGUGUCAGAAAGGUCAUUGUGGCAACAAAUAUUGCCGAGACGAGUUUGACUGUGGAUGGAAUUAUGUACGUGGUUGAUGCUGGUUACUCUAAACUUAAGGUCUACAACCCGAGAAUGGGCAUGGACACAUUGCAAAUCACACCCAUUUCGCAAGCCAAUGCAUCUCAACGAGCUGGUCGGGCUGGUCGUACAGGACCUGGAAAAGCGUAUCAUCUUUUCACUGAAGCAGCAUUCAAAGAUGAGAUGUAUAUCCAGACAAUCCCUGAGAUUCAGCGGACCAAUCUCGCCAAUACUGUUCUGCUCUUGAAGUCUUUAGGAGUGAAAGACCUGUUAGACUUCGACUUUAUGGACCCUCCCCCUCAGGACACGAUCACAACAUCUCUAUUUGAUUUAUGGGCGCUUGGAGCUCUGGAUAACAUUGGAGACCUUACCGAAAUUGGUUCAAAGAUGACAGCUUUUCCUAUGGAUCCAUCGCUCGCCAAGCUUCUAAUCACAUCAGAGGAUUACGGCUGUAGCGAAGAGAUGCUGACGAUCGUGUCCGUACUUUCAGUUCCCAGUGUGUUUUACAGACCCAAAGAACGCCAAGAAGAAUCAGAUGCUGCUCGUGAGAAAUUCUUCGUUCCGGAGUCCGAUCAUUUGACGUAUCUACACGUUUAUUCACAGUGGAAGUCGAACGGGUAUUCUGAUGCCUGGUGUACUCGUCACUUCUUGCAUCCCAAAUCGCUUCGCCGUGCAAAAGAAAUCAGAGAGCAACUGUUGGAUAUCAUGAAGAUGCAGAAAAUGGCCAUGAUCAGCUGUGGUACCGAUUGGGAUGUCAUCAGAAAGUGUAUCUGCUCUGGGUACUAUCAUCAGGCCGCCAAGGUCAAAGGCAUUGGGGAAUAUGUUAACCUAAGAACGAGUGUGACUGUCCAACUGCAUCCCACGAGCGCCCUUUAUGGCUUGGGGUAUCUUCCUGAUUAUGUUGUCUAUCACGAGCUCAUCUUGACGUCGAAAGAAUACAUGUCAACCGUAACAUCAGUUGACCCCAAAUGGCUUGCUGAACUGGGAGGUGUAUUCUAUUCAGUCAAGGAGAAGGGGUACUCAGCACGAGAGAAACGAGUUACUGAAACCGAAUUCAACAAGAAGAUGGAGAUUGAGGCAAAGAUGGCCGAGGACAAGCUCAGAGAGCAGAAGAGACUGGAGAAUGAGACCAUGAAAACGGCCAAGAAGCCGAUCGGUACAGUUGUGAAGAAGGUUGCCUCACAAGGUGCUGUCAAACGGCCUGUUGGGAAGCGGCCAGGUCGCGGAUUUUGAAGUUGCAUAUAUAAAAUAGACCUGGCGGUCUCGUUGUUCAAAGGAGACUUGGAUGAUUUCCUCGCCAAUCAACUAGUCAAAAUAAAUA